CGCGGAAAAGGGUGAAAAAAAGAAAAAAAGUUAUGGAGCGAAGCAUAAUCGGAUCAAGUCUAAUGCUGCUGGGUAGUUUUUCCAGCAUCUAAAAAGCUGCGUGGCUGACGCGCAGAGCGGGAUCUGCAGAGGAGAGGAGGGCCAGGUGUGUUUGCGCGUUUCCAAGGGUUUCCUCGUUGAUGUCACAGUAAAGGAGGAGGAGGGAGCAUUGAGAGCAAAGAAGGAAGAACAGGAUCCACGCACAGUCUCAGUUCACAGUGGGCUCAUCAGCGUGGGAAGGCGCUGGCUUUUGUUUUCCAGGUGCUGUAAAUUGGGGGUGGCAUCAGAAGCUGCGCCCUUCGCUCCACUGCGGCACUGACGCAGCUGGUGUCACGCUCCAGACGAUGCUCCAGUAAUUCACAGAAAGGAUCGCACUCUCACAGGGAGCCGAGCUGCAUUUCCUCCCCUGGAAUGGAUUAUUCUAACAACCAUAAGGCUGAAGUUCUCUGAUCCGGAAUGAUCGAUCCGUGCGUCUCUGCGCUCUGAGGCUCCAAAGAGGUUUUUCUGCUUCUCCUUCCCGGGACUUCCAACUCCUGAGCGGCCAUAAAGCUCCCACCAAGCAGCGAUGUCCAAGACGCUGAAGAAGAAAAAGCACUGGUUCGUGAAAGUGCAGGAGUGCUCCGUGUCGUGGGGGGGCUCCGGGGAGCUGACCGCCGUGGUGGAGGUGCGAGGCGGCGCGGAGCUCGGAGAGUUCCCCCACAUCGGACGCGUGGAUCCCGAGGCGGUGGUGUGCCACGCCGGGAGGCUGCCCUGCAGCGGAGACGUGCUGCUGGAGGUCAACGGCACCCCGGUGAGCGGACUCACCAACAGAGACACGCUGGCGGUCAUCAGACACUUUCGGGAGCCGGUGCGCCUGAAGACCGUGAGGCCAGGUAAGGUGUUGAACACGGAUUUACGUCACUACCUCAGUCUACAGUUUCAGAAGGGCUCCCUGGACCAUAAGCUCCAGCAGGUGAUCAGGGACAACCUCUACUUGCGCACUAUUCCCUGUACCACUCGGCAGCCCAGGGAGGGGGAGGUACCCGGAGUGGACUACAACUUCAUCAGUGUGGAAGAGUUUCAGGAGCUGGAAGAAAGUGGGAUCCUACUGGAAAGCGGGACAUAUGACGGUAACUAUUAUGGAACACCUAAACCCCCAGCAGAACCUAGCCCUGUGCAGCCAGAUCUGGUGGACCAGGUUCUGUUCGAUGAGGAGUUUGACACAGAAGUCCAGCGGAAACGCACCACAUCAGUCAGUAAGAUGGAUAGAAUGGACAGCACAGCUCCAGAGGAGGAGGAGGAAGAAGAGAGACCUCCUAUGGUUAAUGGUGUGGGAGAGCACAAGGACAAGGCAGACUGGAAGAAGACUGUGCCCAGCUACAAUCAGUCAGCAGGAGCAAUGGACAUGCGUAUCUGGAACACUCUGGAUGAAAGUCAGGAGCCUUUGCCUAAAAACUGGGAAAUGGCCUACACGGAGACCGGCAUGGUCUAUUUUAUAGAUCACAACACAAAGACCACCACCUGGCUGGAUCCCCGUCUUGCCAAGAAAGCCAAGCCUCCAGAGAAAUGCGACGAAGGAGAGCUGCCCUACGGCUGGGAGAGGAUUGAGGACCCCCAGUUUGGCACCUACUACGUGGAUCACAUCAACCAGAAGACACAGUUUGAGAAUCCAGUGAUGGAGGCAAAGAGGAAGCAGAGUGGGGACACGUCCACUGCAGCGCAGCCGCCAGCGGCCGCACCCUCAGAAGAGGAGCCUGCCAGAGGACUGCGUGGUUUCACACGAGACCCUUCUCAGCUACAGGGCUCCAUCCUGCAGACAUCACUGAAAAAAAGCCCUCUGGGAUUUGGGUUCACCAUCAUUGGAGGAGACCGACCGGAUGAGUUCCUUCAGGUCAAAAAUGUCCUUCCUGACGGGCCUGCUGCACAUGACAACAAGAUCGCUCCAGGUGACGUCAUUGUAGACAUUAAUGGGGCUUGCGUGCUGGGGAAGACUCACGCCGACGUGGUGCAGAUGUUCCAGUCCAUCCCAAUCAACCAGUACGUGGACCUGAUUUUGUGUCGAGGCUACCCCCUGCCAGAAGAGUCCAACAGCAACGACGCAUCAGCCAUGCUCAACGCCUCAAAGGAAGCUUCCCCCUCUCCAUCCUCCUCCACCACACCCCAGGACCACCAUUUUACAGCCCCAGAUGGAGGAACCCUCUCUCGGCCAACUGCCACCCUGCCACCAAUGAGCAACGGAGGACGCCACCAUCACCAUCCUCACCCAGCCCACAAUCACGAAGGCCCUGACCCCACCCUGUUACAGCCAGAAUUGGUGAGCGUACCCUUGGUAAAAGGGCCGGGGGGCUUCGGCUUCGCCAUCGCCGACUGCCCCCUGGGACAGAAGGUGAAGAUGAUCCUGGAUGCCCAAUGGUGCCGAGGUUUGCUGAAGGGGGACGUCAUUAAGGAAAUCAACAGGCAGAACGUCCAAACGCUGAGUCACACCCAGGUGGUGGACAUCCUCAAAGAUCUACCAGUGGGCAGCGAGGUCAACGUUCUGGUGCUUAGAGGAGGUCAGACGUCUCCGGUGAAAUCUCUAAAACCUUCCCCAGCUACCAUGCCUCACCCUGCAUCCCAGCAGGCUUCACACUCUGUCCCCCAGCAACAGCCCCACGCUGCCUCCCAGCUCGCCGUGCAGCAGCGGCCGGAAAUGACGAACAGCGCAGAGCCCCUCAGUCAGCCAGAGGUGCCCUCCAACACCAACACCCUGCGCUCAUCUUCUCCUAAACCGGACCCAUCUGAGCUCUACCUCAAGUCCAGAGCUAUCUUAGACAGCAAACCUAUUAAUACCAAGGACCUGGAUGUGUUCAUUAAAAGAAACCAGGAGUCGGGUUUUGGCUUCAGAGUCCUGGGUGGAGAGGGACCGGACCAACCAGUGUACAUUGGUGCAAUUGUGCCGCUCGGAGCAGCCGAGAAGGAUGGGCGACUGCGGGCCGGAGAUGAGCUGCUCUGCAUAGAUGGCUUUCCCGUUAAGGGGAAAUCCCACAAACAAGUGUUGGAACUAAUGACCAAUGCUGCCCGGAACGGCCAAGUCAUGCUGACUGUCCGCAGGAAGCUGGCAUACACAGAGGGUGGCGAGGAGGAAGAGAGCGGUCAGCAGCCUCAGCAGCUGUCCUCGGCUCUGAUCAACAGCUCUCCUAAGGUGCCUCGCGUUGAGCCGCCAAACACCAUCCAGCCUGCUCAGCUCUCCAGACCAGAGAGCUUUGAUGUCACCCUGCAGCGCAAAGACAACGAAGGCUUUGGUUUUGUCAUCCUCACAUCAAAGAACAAGCCCCCACCUGGAGUCAUACCUCACAAAAUCGGUCGUAUUAUCGAAGGCAGCCCGACAGACCGCAUAGGCCGCAUGAAUGUCGGGGACCGCAUCUCUGCUGUUAACGGACAGUCCAUCAUGGAGCUGUCGCAUAAUGAUAUUGUCCAGCUCAUAAAGGAAGCCGGCAACACGGUUACCCUGACUGUCGUGCCUGAAGACGACGGUGCUCCUCCAUCUGGAACCAACUCAGUAAAGCACAGUCCUUCAGCCAUGCAUAGAGCUAUGGGCCAACAGCUUCCCAGUCAUCUAGACAGGACUGGUGAGGCUGAGAUCAAGAACUCUUUUCAGCCGACUGAGACGGGAACAAUCUCAUCAGGACCCAAACAGGGUUGCUUUGUGGUGGAACUGGAGCGCAGUCAGCGGGGCUUCGGCUUCAGUCUGAGAGGAGGAAAGGAGUACAACAUGGGGCUUUACAUCCUGCGCCUGGCUGAGGAGGGGCCUGCUCUUAGAGAUGGACGUAUACAUGUCGGGGAUCAGAUCGUGGAGAUCAAUGGUGAGGCCACUCAGGGCAUCACCCACACGCGGGCGAUCGAGCUCAUCCAGGCAGGAGGCAACAAGGUUCACCUGCUCCUCCGACCCGGCCAGGGCCUCGUCCCGGAUCACAGUUCAAAAGAAAAAGUAGCCCUUCCGAAGACGAGCUUUCCCAGACUCUCUGCAUCUGAUGACCAGUCAUCUCCAGCUUCUCCAUCCUCUAACUCAGGAUGGUCACCUUCUUCCUCCAAAGCAUUCACCCUUGAAGAACCAUCAGCAGGGGAUUACAGAGUGCCUAGUUUCCCCGGUGCUGGACAGGACCACGGUACACAAGCUAACCGAUCAAGGGGACAGCAGCACCCUACACACAACCAUAAGCGUGCUUCUAGCCCCAGGAAAACUGGCCAGAGCGACUUCAUACCUAGCAGUCCCAGAAGAGCAGCAGAAGCUCAGAUGGAUCACAUGGAGCCGUCCCAGAGCCCCCAAAAAACAUCGGAAAACAGGGAAAGGAAAACCCAAGGGCAGAGAGACCUGCGCUCUGCUAGCCCACGGAAGGGCUCCCAGAGGGAGCACGAUCCUGUCCUUUCCAGGAACCCAGAAGAACCUCAGAGCCCCAGACGUCCCACUGGACAACAGCCAGCCGGGGAAGUGAAAGACUGGAGACAUAAAGAGGAGGAUGCAGCUUACCAGCAGGAGAGAGGGGCUGCAGAGAGUGGAGACAAAGGCUGGGGCACCGGCGAGCGCCACCGGAAGGGAAAGAGGGCUGAGAAAGAGGCAGCGGCUCAGAAACCCCACUGGGACAGAGCGGGUUCGGAGGCCGAUCCGACCACAGCCAGCCACAGGAGCGGAAGAGAGAGAGCCGACAAGGAAUACCCAGAGGCCAAGUAUCAGGGGUCAGCUGAGCAAGUGAACAGAAGGGACCCCAGAGGUUCCAGCAGUAGCAUCCAGGAUCCCAACUGCAACGGGACCAGCACCAGCAAGAAGGCCCCCAUCACCCCCGGCCCAUGGAAGGUUCCCAGCUCGGCCAAGAUCCAGUCCCACGUGGACUCAUCAUGAAUGAAGACAAAGCUGAGCCUUUAUGAACGGGCUGGAGAGAGCGGAUCGACGUUUAACCAGCACAUACCUUCUCAUUAACUUUCUAUUUUUUGUUUGUUCACCCGGUUUGCCUCAGACGGAGUAUUUGUACCAAACCCUGCUGCAUGCUCAUGUGAGAUGAGAUCUGAGCCGGGAGUUCAGAAGGAAAUCUAUUCUGUGCCAAUCAGAGACUCUAGUUAAAAUGAAGCUGCUCCUGAUAGCACUCACUGUGAAUCGGUUUGAAGGUGUCUAAAUGAAGUGCUCAUCCCGUCUAACCGAGCCACAAGAAGAAAACUGUUUUUUUUUUUAGUUUGUGUUUACUUUGAAGGAUUACAAGCAUACUCAUGCACUCGCUAAGUUUUAAAACCAAGCAAGAUUUACUCACUGUUAUCGUCUCUAAAGGGACCACUGUUUCUUCAAACGACCUGAGGGAAAAACAAUGUUUAUUUUUUAUGAUUAAAAAGAAGAAAUAUCCGAUAAAAGCUGUGAUUCGUGUGACUGCAUCCGAAUAUGUGAAGUCAUGAAUCCCAUGUAGGUGGGAGGAACACUCUGAAGCUUUAUAUGCAUCAAUGAGCAGACCAGAUACUUGUGGUUAUAGAUCUAAUGUUUUUGUAUUUGUGUUGUGAAAAUAAUGUGAGAAAUUAAAAGCAAAACAAGAGCGCCCAUACAUGUCUGCGUGGAGGCCGAGCAUGUAGAAACUCUACACCAUUUAUGUGAAUCCUCCUUUACAUCAUGGUCUCAUGCAUCAUGUUGAUAAUGCAUUUUAUUUAUUCCUUUAGGCUCAAAAAUACGUAUCAAUUAAUUAUUUAGCAAACCAAUUCCUCAAAUAUUGAUCCUAUUUAGAAGAAAUUAAUUAGCGAAGCUUUACAAUUGAUAAAAAUGCAAACUUUUCUUUUUAAUUUGUAUGAAAUAUUUAGAAAUAUAUAUUUAUCUCGUGAAUAUAGGCACACAUAAAAAGAGGGAACCUUUAGUUCAAAUGUUUAUGAAGUACAGAACCAGACGCAUGCGUUCGCACUUGUGUUGAUGAUGUGUAAAAAGCGAUAAAAUAAUAAAUGUUUUAUUGCAGGGGUAUAAUCCGCUGAGAUGUUUAUAAAAAUGCAACCUUUGAUUUUUGAAUAUUUUUAGUGGGGGAAGUAUUCCUCCUAAAAAAUGCAUCAAGUUUGGGUGUUUAGGUUUGGCUCAGUUGCAGCAUUUCACUAAUGUUAGAAUAAAUACAUUUGAGGUUAAAAUAGUCUUUUGGAGGUUUAUAUUUACAUGUUUUAAGGCUUUUUACACAUCUUUUUUUUUCCAGAACUGCCAGUCACUGUGCCUGGUCCUGUACUUUGCUGUAGUUUGUCACUGCAACAUGUUUGUGUUUGUUUUACACAAAGCCAGACCCUCUUUAAGUUUUGACAUGAAAGCUGCUUGUGAUUGCAGACGCCUCUGUAGAUCAUGAGAAAACCCUCUGCUCCUCUUCUUCAGUAGGCUGAUGGGAGGUUCUGCUUAAUGCUGUUUAAAUUGGGAUUUAAGUUUGGCGUUUAAAAAGCAAUCAGGAAAGCAUCUGACUGCUCUGAAGAGAAAAUGUAGCCUUUCUGUGUUCUUACUGUGGACUAGAGCGACAUCUAGUGCUGAAACCUCUGCUCUGCACAAGCAAGUCAUAGCUUUAACCCUAACCCGCCUGCCUGCAUAAGCAUAUGAAGAAGUAAUACACGCAUCUGUUUGUCUGCGAGGCCGCUGGAUAAUUUAUUGUCUGUUUUCAUGUUGAUAUGAUGGGCUACUGUCGUUUUUAACUGUUCAUAUCUUUACCAUGUCUGAUGCCGUGGCCUUGCGUUUGCUCCAACAUAUUUAAAAGACAUAGUUUUGACAUCAUUGUAGUUGUAAAUGUUUAUAAAUUGUACAGCACAUGUAUAAAAUGAUUGCCUUCAUGAAGAAAGAAAAUCUAUGUAAAUUGUUAUCCAUUAUUUUUUUAAGGGAGCUGAGAGGAAAUGUUAUGCAAUGGGUGGAAAAAAAAAUUAUCAUGGCAUACUGUUCAUGCACUGAUAAAUAAAGGUUUACUGAUUAAAUAUAA